AUGGCAAUGGGAAUUAGGUUUCAUCCUAGGGAUGAAGAGCUUAUUCGUUAUCUACUCAAAUUCGUUUCAUGCAAGAAUUACUCGUGUCAUAAUAUUCAAUUCGAAGAUCUUUAUGGGAAUAAGAAGCCAUGGGAUAUAUUCGAAAGCAAUUCGACAGGAGGGGAUGGAGAUGCUAAAAACGUUAAAUAUUUCUUUACUAAGUUGAAGAAGAAGAAAUCGGAUGGUAGGAGGUUUAUCCGGACCGUGAUUGGAGGAGGAUCGUGGAAGGGGCUCGACGGCGAAAAACCAGUUUAUGAUGGAUUAAAGUUAGUUGGAUCGAAGAAGAAUUAUAGAUAUCAAUACAAAGGUUAUCAAGCUGAUGAUGUUGUUUGGACUAUGAGAGAAUACAGUCUCGAUGAGAAGAUCCUAAAGGCGUUAAGGCGACGGGGUUUAAUGCAUUAUGAGGACGUUGUUUUGUGUUGCGUUAAGCGUAAGAUUAAUGUGCAUGCUCGAGAUCAUAAGGAAUUGGGAGAUUGUAUGCCUAUGGAAAUUACCAGUGGAGACGAGGUUGUUGCUGCUGCCAUGGAUGCCACGCUUCAGACAACUCAACAAUACGAUUCGUGUCUAUUAAAUCGAUUCACAUCAUCUGAUGAACAUAAUAAUGUGUUUCAUGAGUUGCAGCAAGAUCAAAAUAGUGAGCAAUUGAUCAAUCAGGUGCCGAAUAUUGAAGACAUGGCACCUUUUGCUCGAAAUCAUAAUGGCUAUGUUGCAAGUUAUAUCGAGCAAGGGACAGCAAAUUUCCACGAUUCAUGUCCGAUUUAUCCAUCCACGUUAUCUGAACAUAAUAAUGCGUUUCAAGAGUUGCAACAAGAUCAAAAUAGUGAACAAGUAAAUGUCGUCCAAGGAAACAAUAUUGAAGAGAUAGUGCCUUUUGCUCAGUAUCAUAAUGACGAUGUUACAAGUUAUUCGGUGGAAGGAGCAACAAAUUUUCAAGACUAUAAUGUUGAUUGUUAUACAGGGGCUGAUUUUUCAUCGACACUGGCUGAUCUGCUGAAAGAUAGUGGAACACAGCCCCAUUUGCCUAUUGGUGUUAAUGUUCAUGCUCGUGAUCAUAAAGAAUUGGGAGAUUAUACGCCUAUGGAAAUUCCCAGUGGAGACGAGGUUGUUGCUGCCAUGGAUGGCACGCUUCUGACAACUCAACAACAUGAUUCGUGUCUUUUAAAUCCAUUCACAUCAUCUGAACAUAAUAAUGUGUUUCAUAAUGACAAGUUCAAGUAUUUGGGAUUUGGGAUUGUCAAGGCUCCAUUGGACGUGAGCUUUGCACUUUAA